GAAGCUACCAUUCUGUAAAGGCCUAUUUGGUGCUAUGGUCUUGUGUCUUUCCACUUUUGCCAAAUAUGUAGCUCAUUGUGUGGUGUAUUAGUAUUUUUUGUGUCUGGCUGUCUUCCAAUUAAUUUAUAUUAAUAGUUUGAUAGUUUUUGUUAUCUUAGCCUAAUAGCAAUUCGAAUGUAAAAUAAAUACUAAAAUGGAGUCAGAAAUGGUGACAGUUACUGUUAAAAAGGAGGAGGAGGAGGAGGAGGAUGAUAGCAGCCAGCAACCAGCUGCAGUGGAAGAUGAUUGCAGCCAACAACAUUAUCUAAUCCCUGGCUACAACAUGAUCUUCAUCAAAGAGGAGGCAUAUGAUGAGCAAGAGGCUGAAGGAAGUUCAGUGAACAGUGAACCAGAGAUGUGGCCUUCAAACUGCAGCACAUCUGGCCGAGACUAUGCAACAGAAGUGGGUGGACUGAAUGAGCAUUUAAUCUCUCCAGUGGAAAAGUGCACUGAGUCAUCUGUGGCUGGCACAAAUACAAAGCUCUAUAGCUGUGAUCACUGUAGCUAUGAAACACAACAUUCUAGUCAUUUCAAGAGACACAUAAGGAAACACACUGGAGAAAAACCUUUCAGGUGCAAUUUUUGUGACUUUAAAAGUGCUCAGUCAGGUGAUUUGAAAAGACAUAUCAGAAUUCAUACAGCAGAAAAACCUUUCAGCUGCGAGUUUUGUGACUUCAAAAGUGCUCAUUCAGGCGAUUUGAAAAUACAUAUCAGAACUCAUACAGAAGAAAAACCAUUCAGCUGCAAGUAUUGUGACUUCAAAAGUGCUCAUUCAGGUAAUUUGAAAAAACAUACCAGAACACAUACUGGAGAAAAACCUUUCAGCUGCAAAUUUUGUGACUUCAAAAGUGCUCAUUCAGGUCAUUUGAAAGCACAUAUCAAAACACAUACUGGAGAAAAACCUUUCAACUGCGAAUUUUGUGAUUUUAAAAGUGCUAGGUUAGGUUCUUUGAAAGUACAUAUCAGAACACAUACUGGAGAAAAACCUUUCAGCUGCAAAUUUUGUGACUUCAAAAGUGCUCAUUCAGGUCAUUUGAAAGCACAUAUCAGAACACAUACUGGAGAAAAACCUUUCAGCUGCGAAUUUUGUGAUUUUAAAAGUGCUAGGUUAGGUUCUUUAAAAGUACAUAUCAGAACACAUACUGGAGAAAAACCUUUCAGCUGCAAGUUUUGUGACUUCAAAAGUGCUCAUUCAGGUGAUUUGAAAAAACAUACCAGAACACAUACUGGAGAAAAACCUUUCAACUGCGAAUUUUGUGAUUUUAAAAGUGCUCAUUCAGGUCAUUUGAAAGCACAUAUCAGAACACAUACUGGAGAAAAACCUUUCAACUGCGAAUUUUGUGAUUUUAAAAGUUCUAGGUUAGGUUCUUUGAAAGUACAUAUCAGAACACAUACUGGAGAAAAACCUUUCAGAUGCAAGUUUUGUGACUACAAAAGUGCUGUGUUAGGUAAUUUGAAAAAACAUACCAGAACACAUAUAGGAGAAACAACUCCUAGCUAAGCAUUUAUAAUGUUCACCUACCACAGCUACAUGAAACUAUAGCUCUAAUCACAGAAGCUUUUGCAAACUGUGGAGAUAUAAACUUUUGUCAUUAUUGUCCUACCUGCACAGUCUUGUUCUAAUCAUUAUUCUGCCAAUUCUCACUCUCUUAUCCAACUUUAUUUAAACCUACAUCUUCAAUUGAUACAAUUCAUUUUAUUAAUAAGUAGAAACUUGGUGGGUAACUCCUGCAGUGGAAUCUUUUAUGAAUGAGGUUAGUUCUCUUUUUCUGGCUUCAAAAAUUGACUAAUUUCAUUUUUUUUUGAAACAUUAUCAAACAUCAUAUGAAUAUGAUUGGGGUACAACAAUAGGCUUGUCUCACAACUAGUCUUCUUUCAAAUUUCAUAAAGAAUAACAUUUUUUUGGUCCUCUUCAGUCUCGUUUCAAUUUUCAAUAUUUAAUUCUUAUUUAAAAACAUCAUUUGUAUCAUAAUUCCAAUGUAAAGAAGGUUUUUUUGGCAUUAAGCUUUAAAAUUCUUUUAGCCAGUUGCAUGUAGGUCUGUUAAAUAUGGACAGUAAUGCCAAUUAACAAAUCAGCAUUAGUUUUAUGGAUUCAUUACUGUUCCACAGAGAUUGGUAAGUUUUUAAUCCCGAUUAAGUUUUCCAGUUAACUAACCAAGAUUUUAAUGGUUUCACAA